AUGAAGUUUCUGUCUAUAUUCAAGAUUGUCAGUUUGACUCAAUUGGUUUUGGGAGCAUCUGUGAAGCUGAAAAAAACCACUUAUGAUAACUACUUAACGCCUGUUAAGGUAGGAAGUUUGAUCAAAGGUGAUCUGCCAUUUAUAGCCAACGUCACAAACUCAAAUUCAAGUGAUCUUCAAGUAAUUCUUGGAAAUGACAAGUUCACCUUGGAAAUGGGUGCUCGGUAUGGAACCAAGUUAUUGUGGACUCAAAAUGAAGGAGAUGAGCCAGUCGAUUUGGUCGGCGAUGCAGUUGGUUUCUAUGCGUCUAACCAAGGUGCUUUGAAUAACAUGAACUACACAUCGGUGGCAGUGGUGUCCCAUGAUGAUACCAAGAUUGAUAUUGCCUUAUACGGUUACGAAGGUGAGAACCACUUGGUACUUUUCAAAGGAUUGGAUGGAUUCUACAACUACUAUGUUUCUCACAACUUGCCUGUUUUGGGUGAGUUCCGUACUCUUUUCAGACUUAACCCUGAUGUUUACCAAAAUGGUCACACCUCUAUUAAAGAUGAAGCUUUGCCACUGUUCCCAGAUGACUAUAAAGGAACUAAGGUCUUUGAUGAAACUUGGUUACUCAGCUCCGCCAAUGGCACCAAUAAAUAUCUCACCAAGUAUGACUGGUCAAGUCGUCUUCAUGAAGAGGAGGUAUAUGGGGUUUAUGGCUCUUACAAUAAUAGAACCUAUGGAUUCUGGCUCAUUUCUCCUGGUAGAGACUACUACUGUGGAGACCAGAUUAAACAGGAGUUACUCAUUCACAGAGAGUCUUCAACUGGUGAUGUUGUUUUGCUUAACAUGUUACACGGUACCCACUUUGAAGUGGAAUAUGAUGAAACUUUUGUAGACAACAAGGUUUGGGGUCCCUACUUAUGGUACUUCAAUGAUGGCUCUGUGAGUGAUGCUAAUAGGCGAUGGAAAAAAGAGCUGUUCAACUGGCCCUAUAAGUGGUUAAAUGACAAGGACUACCAAGCAAGAUCUUCUGUUUCGGGGAGAAUUGUGUUAGAAAACGGUUCUCCUGCUGGAAACGUCAACGUAUUCUUAGGUGCUACCAACAAUUAUACUAUGCUCCAGGGAGCUGCCUACCAGUACUAUGGAUACACCGAUGAGGAAGGUUACUUCAGUAUCGACAACGUUAGAAGUGGUGAAAAGUACUAUCUUCAAGCAUUCCCAUCUGAAUGGAGUGCUAAACUGACGGAUAUUGGACAAAUAUCCGGUAACUUCACUUACAAGAAACAAAUACUGCUUAAGAAAGACACAGACUUGGGAACCAUCAAAUGGAAGACUCCUACUGAUAAGCUCGUUUGGCAAAUUGGAACCUACGACAGAACCACUAAAGGAUUCAAAUACGGGGCCGUUAAAUAUCAAGACUUCCAAACCGAGCAAUGCCCUAGUGACUUUGACUUUUAUGUGGGAAACACUUCCGACUACGAAUGGUGUUAUGCAAAGAGUAAAGCUGGAACUUGGAACGUUCAUUUUGAUUUGGAUAAAAUUGAAUCUGAUGCUGCGUUAUAUGUUUCCAUUGCUGGUUUCACUGGUAACAAUUCCUUUGUUGGUGGAAACUCUACCCGGUUGGGAGUUGUUCUUAAUGGCUGUGUUUUGGAAGAUGAAUAUGAGACCAACUUGUAUAAUGAUAAGUCUACUUAUCGAUCUUCAUCUUUUGCUGGUAACUGGUUCUAUAGUAAGUUGAAGGUCAAAAAGAGCUGUCUUGUGAAAGGUGAAAAUCUUUUGGAAUUCACUACCUCCACCUACACCGCAAACUACGGUAUUAUGUGGGAUUCGAUUAAGUUGUUAUGGAAUUAA